UGGUUUCAGAAACUGCCUACUUAAUUUGAAAAGAACAAUGGUAGGAAAGGCUAGAUCUUCCAAUUUUACCUUAUCUGAAAAGCUUGAUUUGCUAAAGCUUGUGAAACCAUAUGUUAAAAUUCUCGAAGAACACACUAAUAAACAUUCAGUAAUAGUGGAAAAGAACAGAUGUUGGGAUAUCAUAGCAGUUAGCUAUAAUGCAAUGGGAGGAGACCGCCCUCCUCGAACAGCGCAGGGCCUACGCACCCUUUACAAAAGGCUCAAAGAGUAUGCCAAACAGGAGCUAUUGCAGCAAAAAGAGACCCAAUCAGAUUUUAAAAGCAAUAUUUCUGAGCCAACCAAGAAAGUUAUGGAGAUGAUUCCCCAGAUUUCCAGUUUUUGCCUGGUAAGAGACAGGAACCACAUACAAAGUGCAAAUUUGGACGAGGAAGCACAGGCUGGUGCCAGUCCCCUACAGGUAAUCUUGGAUCACCGUCCAGUUGCUAUUACAGUGGAGGUGAAGCAAGAAGAAGACAUUCAUUCAGCCACUAAAGAAAUAACAGUGUCUAAGGGACAAGAAGAGGAACCUGCUAGCCUAGUUAAAUAUUUCAGUGUUGUUUGGUGUAAGGCUUCAAAGAAAAAACACAAGAAGUGGGAAGGUGAUGCUGUUCUUAUUGUUAAAGGAAAGUCAUUUACAUUAAAGAAUUUGGAAGGCAAAGACAUUGGAAGAGGCAUUGGAUAUAAAUUCAGAGAGCUUGAAAAAAUCGAAGAGGGUCAAACAAUGAUGAUUGGUGGAAAAGAAAUAGAAGUCAUGGGAAUAAUCUCUCCAGAUGAUUUCAGCAGUGGGAGAUGUUUUCAGCUUGGAGGAAAAGGUCCUGCUAUCUCAAAUUUUUGUCAAGCUGCCAAGAAGUGUUUUUCUAACCCUUUAAAAAGUGUCUAUAAACCAAACUCAAAGGAAAAUAGACAGAAUAGUUUCUGUAACUGCAAACCACGCCAUGACCCAUGUGCUCCAAAUUCCCUUGUUAUGCUGCGACCGGACAGCCGUCACCAGUGGAUGUUCAAUAAGAACUGCUUCCCUCUCGUGGACGUAGUGAUAGAUCCUCACCUUGUGUGUCAUCUUCGACCGCAUCAGAAAGAAGGAAUCAGAUUCCUUUAUGAGUGUGUGAUGGGAUUCAGAGUGAAUGACAGAUAUGGAGCUAUUCUUGCUGAUGAAAUGGGUUUAGGGAAAACAAUACAAUGUAUUUCGCUCAUCUGGACUCUCCAGUGUCAGGGACCCUAUGGAGGCAAGCCAGUAAUAAAGAAGACACUAAUUGUCACUCCUGGAAGCUUGGUGAAUAAUUGGAGGAAAGAAUUUCAAAAAUGGCUAGGAAGUGAAAGGAUCAAGAUAUUUGCUGUUGGUCAGGACCACAAAAUAGAAGAAUUCACCAAAUCUCCAUUUUAUUCUGUUCUUAUCAUCAGUUAUGAAAUGUUACUUCGUUCCCUGGAUCAAGUUAAGAAUAUAAAGUUUGAUCUUCUAAUCUGUGAUGAAGGGCAUCGUUUGAAGAACAGUGCCGUUAAGACAACUGCAGCCCUCGUUAGCCUCUCUUGUGAGAAAAGAAUAAUUCUAACUGGUACUCCAGUUCAGAAUGAUCUCCAAGAAUUUUUUGCAUUAAUUGAUUUUGUAAAUCCGGGGAUAUUAGGCCCUUUGUCAUCUUAUAGAAAAAUAUAUGAAGAACCCAUCAUUCUAUCGAGACAACCUUCUGCUUCUGAGGAAGAAAAGGAAUUAGGAGAGAGAAGAGCAGCUGAACUUACUUGCCUCACUGGACUCUUUAUCCUUAGAAGAACCCAAGAAGUCAUAAAUAAAUAUCUUCCACCUAAAAUAGAGAAUGUAGUCUUUUGCCAACCAGCAGCACUACAGAUUGAACUUUAUCGAAAGCUGUUGAAUUCUCGGGCUGUCAGGUUCUGUCUUCAAGGGCUGUUGGAAAAUAGUCCUCAUCUAAUAUGUAUUGGAGCUCUUAAAAAACUGUGCAAUCACCCCUGCCUUUUGUUCAACUCUAUAAAGGAAAAAGAAUGCAGCUCAACUUGGGAUAAAAAUGAAGAAAGAAGUCUAUAUGAGGGCUUGAUAAAUGUGUUCCCUGCUGAUUACAACCCAUUCAUGUUUACUGAGGAAGAGUCAGGCAAACUACAGGUGCUGUCAAAGCUCUUAGUGGUCAUCCGAGAACUGUGUCCUGCUGAAAAGGUGGUGUUGGUAUCCAACUACACACAAACCUUGAAUAUUUUACAAGAAGUAUGCAAGCGUCAUGGAUAUGCUUAUACAAGACUUGAUGGACAAACACCAGUCUCUCAAAGGCAGCAAAUUGUUGAUAGCUUUAAUAGUAAAUACUCUUCUGAUUUUAUUUUUUUGUUAAGCUCAAAAGCUGGUGGUGUGGGACUUAACCUUAUUGGAGGAUCUCACUUAAUUCUCUAUGAUAUUGAUUGGAAUCCAGCCACUGAUAUCCAGGCAAUGUCUAGAGUAUGGAGAGAUGGUCAGAAACAUCCUGUACAUAUUUACAGACUUCUAACCACAGGUACAAUAGAAGAAAAGAUCUAUCAAAGGCAGAUCAGUAAGCAAGAUCUUUCUGGGGCAGUUGUAGACCUAACCAAGACAUCUGAACAUACUCAGUUUUCAGUAGAGGAACUUAAAAAUUUAUUCACAUUACAUGAAAGUUCACAUUGUGUUACUCAUGACCUGCUUGACUGUGAAUGUACAGGAGGAAAAGAUCAUACAGGUGAUGCAUUGGAAAAAUUCCCUAUCUCUAGAAGUUGUCAGCUUGGUCCACAUCCACAGAAGUCUCACUCCCUGAAACCUCUCUCCAUGGCACAGCUGAAGCAAUGGAAGCAUUUUUCUGGAGAUCAUUUAAGUCUUACAGAUCCUUUUCUUGAAAGAAUAAGAGAAAAUGUGUCAUUCUUUUUUCAGAAUAUAACCAAUCAAACUACUGCUAUAUAAUGAGAGGUUACUUUAUGACAUGCCCUUACUCACCUUUAUAAAAAUAUUAACAUAGUAAUUAAAUGUAAUUUUUGAAAACUAAUAGAAUCAUUUUAAUUAUACUAUAGGUUGUUGCAAAUGUAUCAUAGUUUUGAUACAAUAAGGAAAACGGUUUGAGUUGUUUAAAGUUUUGUGUAUAUUCUUAAAUUUGAAACAUUAAAGACAUACUUCUGUUAUUCUAUAAUUGUUUAUUAAUAAUUCAAUAGUUAAUGCACCUUUAUUAAGUACCUACUAAAGAAGUUUCAUAAGGAAUAUAAAAAGGUAAAAUACCUAGUCUCUGUCUUUGGGAAAUCGAAUCUGAUUAGGAAUAUUAGACAUAGAUCUGUGAGACAGUUGAAAAACCUGAUAAAUUUAAAGUACAGCUCAAGGGAGACUAGGAUCGCAAAUGAAGAUGUUGGAUCGAACAGUUGCUGCAGGGCAGUUUGAGUGAGAAGGGUCAGUCGGUGGGGCAGCAGAGGAAGGGUUCUUAGACGCUUCAAGGCACUAGUUCCUCCUUUGGGACCUCAGACGCGGGAGACUGGAAGCCUAGGUCUGGCAGACAUUGUUUGUAUAUGGAAUCGUGGUUCCACCACCAUCAUGUCAGGAGUUGUCUGGAGUAAUUUUUGACAUUAAAAAGAGAGUUUUAAUAUGCAAAGCAAGCUUUAGAAGACUGAAGUCUGCAAAGAAAAAGGAGUUGCUCUUUUAAUCUCCAGUUGAGGCUUCUGUAAUCAGCUUUUCCUUCCAUUUAGGAAAAUUUCUUUUAGACUGAACAUCGUCUUGAGGUGUUGAAUAAAGACUCAAUUAUAUAUCAUCAAAUCUGAAUUCUUUAGAUUUGUAGUGCCUUACCUGAGCAGUUGUACAUAUAUAGGAUUCAUGAACAGGCAGUUUGGGAUCAAAUUUGUCAGUGAGGAAGUAGUCAACUAAUAAUAAGCAAAAUUGGUGUUUCUUGGCCCGUUGUAUAGGCCCCAUACAGGAAGCUUUACAUACGAAACUUCUUUCAGUAUAUAUCUUGCAUCAUGUUAUUCUCAGGUGUAAAAUCCUUUAAAAAAAAAUGAUAAGGGACUAGCACCUUUAUUGUCUGUCUUAACUAUAGUGGAUGUUAGAGUGUGUGGCCCAGCUUGCCCUCUUCAGGACCACAAUGCUCAUUUCCCUCAGCUGCCGGGAGAGUUGCCUAGGACCACUCAUGGCCAAAUCUCUCCCUAAAAAUAACCCUCUGCUGAAAGGAGCUGCCUCACCUAGGGUUACGCUCCCCCCCGAGGCUGGCUGGCAUGCAGUGAUUUGUUGAUGCAAGGUAGAAAGACCCAGCUCCCUUGCCUCAGUUUGGGACAACUCUAAAGGACCAUUUCAGCUCCAGAGCUCCAGGCCUUUGUUGCAGCUUCCUUGCAGUCCAGCUUCUCUCUGUCCAGUCCUGCUUCUCUCCCUCUGUUACAGUUGUUGUUCCUAAGAGCACUUCCCAACAAACUACCUGCAUGCAAAUCUGCCUCAGUCUGGUUUCCAGGGAACCUGACCUAAGACACUAUCCACAGGGGAAUUACUGAGGAAAAACAUUUUAAUAACUAUAAUUGAUGGCAUCCAAGUAUAAAUACUUGUUGGCAGAAUAAUCAUUUAAUGGAAUGAGGUGAUAAUAUGAAAGUUAAAAGAAAGUAUGUUUUGCUUUAUGCCAUAUUUAAAAAAUAGACGAUGCCAAAAUGAAUUACUAUUUUUACGUUCAUGAUAUUGUGCAACCAUCACCACUAUCCAUUUUCAAGAGAGUACUAUUCUUAAUGUCUCCCUUUCCCACUUUCUGGUCACUGUCAACCCAAAGCUGUUGGCCUCUAUCCCCCAACACUCAAGGCCUCUAUCCCAGUGACAGGCUAGUUGACAAAUACAGUGAACUCUUUUCAAUAUUUAUCUUGACCUCUGUUCACAUCAGGUAGUGGUGAACACUUCCUUCUUGAGACUGUUGCCUUCAUUAAAUUUUGAUUAAAUGAUUAAAUUCAUUUGUCAUUCCACAAAUAUUUGUUGAGUACCUAGUACAUGUCAGACAUUGUUCUAGGGGUCAUGCAUACAACAAUGAAUAAAACAGGCAAAGCCUUUGUCCUCGUGGUGCUUUCAUUUUGGCACCAUAUACAUACAUAUUAUAUAUCAUUUGUAUAUACAUAUACACAUAUGUAAUAUGGCACAUGAUGAUAAGUGCUAUGAAGAAAGAUAAGCAGAAUAAGGGAAGUAUUAAACAAAGUGGAGACGGGCAUUGAUUUUUUUAUUUUUCCCCGAGGAAGAUUCUCUCUGAGCUAACAUCUUUGCUAAUCUUCCUGUAU